AGCACGUGGGGCAACUUGUUUACUGCUGCUUUUUUAAGCAAUAAAAUAUUAUUAAAUUAAAAGCAAUGGCUGAAAUUAUAGACAAUGAAGAAAUCGAUAGGGAUACCAUAGAACCAGAAAUCUUAGAACAACAGUUCAGUCAGAAAUACAAGUUAUUAACAGAAACUGCAGUGUCGGUUAAGAAAUCGUACAUCAAGAAGCUACAUGGGACAAAGUCUUUAAAAUUAGGAGUUAGCCAAUCAGACAACAGCAUAGAGGUGUACGAAUUGAAUAACACGUCGUUGUCCCGCGUGUGUCGACUCAGUGGCCAUGGGAAGGACUUGUCCGAGGUGGUGUUUAGCCCCAAAGAAGACCAUUUAAUAUAUUCAAGUGGACAGGACGGAGUGGUGAAGCUAUGGGACACUAGAGACAAAGGCAAAUGUGUACAGGAAUAUAAAGAUGAAGAUGACAUAGAAAUAAAGCCAUUUGACUGCAUGGAUGUUUCUUGCAAUGGCCGUGUGCUUUGUGCGGGCAGUCUUUUGGUACAGGAUGACGCAUUCCUAGUGUUCUGGGACCAACAUAUGCCGAAACCUCUGGGAGGGUAUUGGAACUCACACACUGAUGAUGUCUCUCAGGUCAGAUUCCACCCUGAAAAAACAGAAAUCCUGGCAUCAGGUUCACUGGACGGUCUACUGAACAUAUACAACAUCCUGGAACCCACUGAGGAUGAUGCUCUCACAUAUUCUCUGAACGUAGAGAACUCUGUGGAGAGGAUCAGUUGGGUGGACGAACAUCGGGUCGCCUCCGUUACACAGAGUAAUGAGCUGCAGCUGUGGAACACAGACACUGGGGACUUGGUUCAGAGCUACAGUAGGGAUAAAAUCGCUAGGAGUAUCAAGCGGAGUAAAGAGGAUGACUGUUACCUGGUGGACACAUAUACGCCAGCGGGCGGCACGCCCACGCUGCUUGCCGGCUCUUAUGGUGGGAAUGGUGACGUCCUAAGGUCGGUGAGUAUAACAGAGAAGAAGCUGCAGCCAUGCACAGACUUUAGAGAGAACAAGCAGACGGUCCGGUGUUGCUGGUACGAGAAAGAUCGCGACCUGCUGGUAACAGCGGGCGAGUCGGGGCUCAUCAGCGUGUGGAGCCGGGGGGGCGGCGGCGGGGCGGGCGGGGGCGGGGAGGCGCACAGGGCCCAUGGCAAGCUGCACGCGCAUCGACACAAACCUUACUGA